GGCGCCCGCCCGCCGGCGCUGAGGCCGCGGCCGCACCUGCGAGCGGCACCGGCGGCGGGGAGAGGGGGGGGCGCGCAGCCUCCGCCGCGCCCCGGCUCCUGCGCGGCAGCCGGGGCGCCUCUCCCGCCUUCCUUUCUUCCUUCCUUCCUUCCCUCCGUCCGUCCGUCCCUCCCUCCCCGCCCGCCCCGUCGCCGAGCGGGAGCCGCCAGCGGUGCGAGCGGAGCCAGAGCCGGGGCAGCCCUCGCCGCCCUGCCCGCCCGUCCCCUCCUCCGUCCCGCCCAAGCCAUGAACUUUGGCCGCGGCCCCUCGGUGGUGUUGAACGUCGGGGGCACCCGGUACUCCUUCUCUCGGGAGGUGCUGAAGGAUUUCCCGCUGCGGCGGGUGAGCCGCCUGCACGGCUGCCUCUCGGAGCAGGACGUGCUGGAGGUGUGCGACGACUACGACCGGGAGCGGAACGAGUACUUCUUUGACCGGCACUCGGAGGCCUUCGGCUUCAUCAUGCUGUACGUGCGGCACGGCCACCUGCGCUUCGUGCCGCACAUGUGCGAGCUCUCCUUCUACAACGAGAUGAUCUACUGGGGGCUGGAGGGCUCCCACCUCGACUACUGCUGCCAGCGCCGCCUCGACGACCGCAUGUCCGAGACGUGCACCUACUACGCGGCGGAGGAGCCGCCGGGGGAGCCGGCCGGCGGCCCCGAGGGCAAGGGCCGGCGGCCGCCGGGAGCCGAGGGCGGGAAGUGGCUGGAGAGGAUGAGGAGGACUUUCGAGGAGCCCACGUCUUCCGUGGCCGCCCAGGUCCUGGCCACCGUCUCCAUCCUCUUCGUCAUCGUGUCCAUGGUGGUGCUGUGCGCCAGCACCCUGCCCGAGUGGCGGGCGCCGGAGAACCGCAGCGUGGAGGAGCAGAGCAGGUACACAGCAGAGUCAGUGAGGGAGCCCUCAGGGAUAAUUGAAGCUAUCUGCAUAGGCUGGUUCACUGCAGAGUGCAUUGUGAGGUUCAUCGUCUCCAAAAACAAGUGUGAGUUUGUCAGAAGACCUCUCAACAUCAUUGAUUUACUGGCAAUUACUCCCUACUACAUCUCUGUUCUAAUGACAGUUUUCACAGGGGAAAACUCGCAGCUUCAGAGGGCUGGAGUCACCUUGAGGGUCUUAAGAAUGAUGAGGAUUUUUUGGGUGAUUAAACUGGCUCGUCAUUUCAUUGGCCUUCAAACACUUGGUCUGACUCUGAAGCGUUGUUACAGAGAGAUGGUGAUGCUACUUGUCUUUAUCUGUGUUGCUAUGGCAAUUUUCAGUGCACUUUCCCAGCUUCUUGAAAAUGGGCUGGACUUGGGAACAAAGAAUAAGGAUUAUGCCAGCAUUCCUGCUGCUUGUUGGUGGGUGAUCAUCUCAAUGACCACGGUUGGUUAUGGUGACAUGUGUCCCAUCACUGUACCUGGAAGGAUUCUUGGAGGAAUUUGUGUGGUUAGUGGCAUCGUUUUAUUAGCCUUGCCAAUCACUUUCAUUUAUCACAGCUUUGUGCAAUGUUAUCAUGAGCUCAAGUUCCGAUCUGCUAGGUACAGUAGAAGCCUCUCUGCUGAAUUCUUAAAUUGACCAAACUUGCAUUCUGUUGUAGUUAUUUGCUAAGCUUUGUCUUAGAAGAGAAUGGUGGAAGGUCCCUUUGCGUGUCCUCCUUGACUGGAUGGUCCUGUGGAACAACAUUCUCGCCAGCCUGGAGAAGGCCCGUCACCAUUCAGACAGGAAGGAUGGCCAUCUGCCUUGGGCACCUUGCAGGGAGAGGGAGUGGUGUUUCAAAUUUGAGAGAGCAAAAUUAACAAAGGAGGAUUUAGAAGUCCUCAACCAGACUAGUUCGGUCUUCAGUUUGCCUUUCCACUCAAAAGCAGAACAAAAAAUGAGCUUAACACUGAGAUCUGUCAUUCCCAUAAUUACAUCCUAUACCAUUCUAAGCAACGUGUAGCAGAAAUUUUUCAAACAUUUCAGUAUUUAAAUGUUCCAUAGAAGCAUUGAUAACUUCUCGCCUGAAGUAUCUCCACUUUCAACUCAGAUAACCAAAUCAAAUACUGAAGGAGAAUCACUGCUACUUUUGAACUUCGCAACAGAGUAGAGCUGGUUCUGUAACUCAGGAAACAUGAGGAAUAUAAGUCUGUAGGGGAAAAAAUCUUGAGGCCUGAUGCUUAUCUCUGAUGAAGCACACAAAUCUUCUGUAAAACCAGUGAAGUCAGUGGCAUUGCUCUGAAUUUGAUGAUUCAAAGAAGUGCAUCUCUGAAUGUUGUAGCAAGGACUUCCUUAGCCACAAUUAAAUUUCUUCUCUGGAACCAAAUCAUUAGUAGAAGCAAGCAUUGUACUUUUUAUAAAGAUCAGCAUAAAAAAAUCAAGCACUGAUAAAUAUAUUUUAUAAUAGCUUAGUGGGGGAGCUAUCCAGAUUUUAGGUACAUUCAGUUCAGCUCCAUCCACCUGAAGUUACAUACUCACAAGCAUAGAUUUUUUUCCCCUCAAUUAAACAUAUAUAUCAUAGUGAAAAUUCUCCAAGACAAAUUAUAAGAUUCCAUCACUUGAAACAGUCUGGAGAAAGCACUGGAAAUCAAGAGUAGCUGCUCCCUGUCAGAUGAGACUCUUCAUCAUCUUUAAAUUCUGCCGCCCUUACUGCAGGAUACCUGAUACUUUAAUGGCAGUUUUGAAAACAACUGUAAAGAGCCCAGAGCAUGCCAAAAAAAGUAAAAUACAGAAGUGUGAGUUGCACUCGGCAAAAUGGUAUAUUCUUCAAUGCAACUAGAAAAUUAAAAUGAAUCAAGUUAGGUUCUGAAAUAUUGUUCACUACAUUUCUUGUGUAGUACUGCUCAAUGGCCUCAUUCAGUAUCAUCCUGAAAGGCUGGUAUGUAGAAAUGUGCAGUUAGAUACUAAAACACAUUAAGGUACAGCUUUACAAAUUUGGGUACCAAUAAAUGUCAUCAGGGAGCUUUCUUUUUAACAUGGAAGUUCAGAGUCAUCAGCAUAGUUGAACUUGGUGUGCUUGCCUGAAAAUACCGCAGUUACUAUUACUGUGCUGUAGAAGCAGCUUUUAUAUACAUAUUUGUUAAAAGCUUUAGAAGUAAAACGAGUACCACCUAGAAAACACAUUUCUGGAAUUGCUCACUCAAAUAAAAGUACCACAUUGGUCAGUAACCAGUACAUUGAAGGCUCUAUCCUGAGACCUGAAAAAUUCAUAUCAUUUUAAGUGGUCUUAGUCUUAAGUAGUCUUCAAGAAUUACAUUGCAAACACAGUUUUUCUGAAGACGUGAAAAGAAUUUUCGUAGCCUUCUUAUAGACAAGCUUGACUUCAGUAGUUUUUCAAGACUACAUUAUUAAGGAACAUUACAGCCAUACCUCUGUUUUUUGCCACUGACACAUUCCAGUGUUCAGGAGGUUAGCUCUGUAGUUCCCUGUACUACUAUAUUUAUGCCUUUUAUAUCAGAAUCAUGGUGUUCAGAAACUGGCUCCAGCAUUCCAUAGAGAGGUGAAUGUGAGAUAAGCCAAAACUUCCUUGUUAGGUGAGAUUCACAGCUGAUGUUAGUUAGGCAAGUUGUGACUUCAGAGACACUUAGAUGUUUUAGACCAGCGGAGAUGCUGGCUCUGUAUUCCUGCAUGUGUACCUAUAUAUAUAUAUAUAUAUAUAUAUAUCCUGCAUAUAUUAUAUAUUAUAGUCAGUUGAAAUGGGUAUUUUUCUCUUCACAAAAAAUUUCUUCCUUGACAAAAUUGAAAUUUCAGACUUUAAUCCAAACACAGCUGUUGAAGAAAAUGACAUUUUCAUCUUCUAAUGAAAAGUUUAUUUUGACAGUAUCAAAAGUAUUUUCAAGGAGAAAAUAGCUAUUUUUUU